GUGGACUUGGGACAUGGGACAAAGUCAAGGAUAGGGAAUCAAAAGGACAGAAUUCUAAAAGAAAGACACACAGACACACACACCCACACAAACACACCAGAUAAUCCUGGUGCACCAAGGGAAAGAUGCAGAAGGUUUAACCAAGAGGAUCAUGUAAAAGCCUAGAUGCAACUCAAGUCUAACUAAUUCCAGGUAAAAGAUUCUGCAACUAGAAUAACCAUGGCAACCAGCAAGACAAGCAGUAAUGUAGUGAAUCGCACCAGUGGCCUGGCAUCUCAUAGAAAUCCUUCUCCCACAGAGAACAGGCCUGCCAGACAGGACAAGUUUAAUUCAGAAGAUACGAUACAGUGGACAAGGCAUGUAGAGAAGAUAAAAGCAGAGGUCAUUGAGCAAGUAAAAGCUCAGAUGAGUGAAGUGUUGGACAAAGUGCUUACAGACUCACUGCAGUCGUUCUCCCAAAGUGAGCAUUCAAAUGCAGUUCAGAAUACACAGCAACAGACUGAUGGAAAUGAUAGGAGGCGUAGAAUGCAGGAUGGAAAGGUUUUUGUGGCCAGACAGUCCAUGCUUGACGAGCUGUUUGAGAUCAGUCACAUCCGAACCAUUUAUCACAUGUUUGUUGCUGCUCUCUUCCUCUUCAUCAUCAGCACAUUGGCAGUGGAUUACAUUGACCAGGGCAGGUUGGUUCUAGAUUUUGACUUGUUCUUCUAUGCCUUUGGUCAGCUGGGCACUGUCAUAUGGGCAUGGCUUAUCAUGUUCUGUUAUACCCUGUUUGGACCGUACUAUAUUCUGAAGCAGUGGAGGGAAUUGCACAGUAGUUACCAGUGGAAGAUGCCAAUAUCAAUAGCAACAACUAUGGUGCUGCUGGCAGCAGAAAUUACUGUGCUGGGAUAUUUUCCUGUGUAUGUAGUCCUGCACUACCAGUUGCCCCCAGCAUCACGGCUCAUCAUCAUCCCUGAACAGAUACGAUUCCUGAUGAAGAGCUAUUCCUUUAUUCGGGAGGUGGUGGUGGCAGUCCACAGAGCCAAAUCAAAGAAAGACGAAGUUGACAGAUUCCCUACACUUCACAGCUAUCUGUACUACCUGUUUUGCCCAACUCUGAUCUACAGAGAGACAUACCCACGAAACCCUUACAUCAGAUGGAACUAUGUGAGGAGGAACUUUGCAAUGAUUUUGGGAAGUCUGUUUUACCUUUACUUUAUCCUGGUACGUCUGUGCAUCCCUGUCUACAUGAAUAAGAACAAUCAGCCAUUCACCCGGCGCACUCUGGUCCUGGCUGUGUUUCACUCGACUUUACCAGGAAUGCUGAUGCUCCUACUGGCCUUUUUUGCUUUUCUGCACUGUUGGCUAAAUGCCUUUGCUGAGAUGCUACGCUUUGCUGAUCGGAUGUUUUACAAAGACUGGUGGAACUCCACCUCCUUUGCUAACUACUAUCGCACCUGGAACGUUGUGGUGCAUGACUGGCUCUAUUAUUAUGCCUACCAGGACUUCCUCUGGCUUUUAGGCCCUCGUCUUCGUUCAGUAGCCACGCUGUCUGUGUUUGCAGUUUCAGCUUUUGUUCAUGAAUAUACUUUUACUAUGGGCUUUGGCUUUUUCUACCCUGUGAUGUUCUGUCUGUUCGCAAUUAUUGGAGUGGUUUUCAACUUCAUCCUCAAUGACAAGCGCAAGAGUCCUGUGUGGAAUGUUAUUAUGUGGACGUGUCUAUUCAUUGGCCAAGGUGUACAGGUGUGCUUAUACUGCCUAGAAUGGAACGCUCAGGUUCAAUGCCCACGUACUGGGACAGGGUUCUGGGAGUUAGUGACACCAAGAUCCUGGACAUGUGAUUAUAAAGGAUAACAUCUAAUGUUAUUUAAUGCUGCCACAGUCUAUUUCUACAGUGUUAUCUGAGCAAAAGGCAAUAUACAGCCCAUGAUCAACAUCUUCAUCAUCAUCAUUAUCAUCAUCUUCAUCAUCCAUCUCUCAUCAUCACCUCAUUAAUUGACACUAUAUGGCACAGUAAGGUUUGCAGACACCUGACCAUCACACCCAUAUAUGAGCUUUCCUUGUUGGAAACACAUAACUGCAUAGGAUGCCACUGUAUUUUGUAGCAAUACAACUUCCCUUCACUGGAACAGUAAGGCCCAAGACUGUUCUGGUACAGACACUUGACAUCAACUCACUGAACAUCUUUGGGACUGCCCAAAUUAGUGCCUGACCUCACUGAUACUCCCUGCAUAGAGCAUGUUAUUAUAAAAGAACAGAAGGUUAGACUAAGCAUAUAUGAAUGCAAUGGUCAGGUGUUUACAAAUUUUGCCAUAUAAUGUAUUUAUUAUCCUGCUAGAUAAUUCAUGUUACAUACAUAAAUCAAGAUUGAAAAACAGUCCCAAUAUGUUAAAGCGUGACAGUUUAAUGUCUUUAAAGAUUUUUUUUUUUUAAUGAGAAACAAAAAGAAGCAUCUCAUAUCUGUCUGUUUAAUCAGUGUUCUUCUUCAUCCUCACCUUCUGGCUUCUUGUAACUUGUUAACCAUGUUGCUUACUGAUAUGUACUUCUGAAAUAUUGCAUCAAAAUCUCUAAUAAGUGUGAUGUAUGAGGAGACAUAGUACUUGUCCUCAUGCUUGUAUAUUUUUUUAAUUGUAAAUAAUUGUACGUGCUUUGUGGCUCUACUACAAAUAAUAAAAUGCCUAAAAUAAGAAUGAUAAUGAAUUACGUGACCAGAUAUUAUUCACAUACGCUUUAAAUGAUUAGUGAUAAUAUUUAACCAAAGCGAAAUUCUCUUCUUGUACUGUAAAAGAAGGCACUGAAAAAAAAAAAAACACAUUUUGUAGCAGGACAAGCCUGAACUUUUCCAAAAUUCAUUGUAAUC